AUAUUGAAUAUCAAAAUUAAAAUGUCAGUUUCAAAAUCAUAUAUAAGACUAAAGUAAUAUUUCAAAAAUUAGAAACCGAAAUAUUAAAUUAAAGUGUGUGAGAAUUUAAAACGACGCGCGAAAACCCACAGACAUAUAAAAGCCAACUUCAGGUCAUCAGGAAAAAUGGCGUUCAUAUUGAUUAACACCACAAUUAACUGCCAAAAAAGCUGAGCUGGGAAGGUCAUUUAGAUUCUACUGAUCAAAAUAACAAUAUUACAAUGACAUCCGAAGAUCUUUUACAACCAGGACAUGUUGUCAAGGAGAGAUGGAAGGUGGUGAAAAAAAUUGGUGGUGGUGGGUUUGGGGAGAUUUAUGAAGGAUUAGAUUUAAUCACAAGAGAACAAGUGGCACUUAAGGUAGAAUCUGCAAGGCAACCCAAGCAGGUGUUGAAAAUGGAAGUGGCAGUUCUUAAAAAACUACAAGGAAAGGAACAUAUAUGCAGAUUUAUUGGCUGUGGUAGAAAUGAUCGAUUUAACUAUGUUGUGAUGCAACUGCAGGGGCGUAACUUGGCAGAACUGAGAAGGGCCCAACCCAGAGCUGCCUUCAGUUUGUCCACUACUUUGCGAUUAGGUUUACAAAUUCUUAAGGCCAUCGAAAGUAUACACUCUGUCGGAUUUUUACAUCGUGAUAUUAAACCUAGUAAUUUUUCAAUGGGUAGACUACCGUAUAAUUGUAGGAAAGUUUAUAUGUUAGAUUUUGGCCUUGCCAGGCAAUAUACGACGGCCACAGGCGAAGUGAGGGCGCCAAGAGCGGCAGCUGGUUUUAGAGGCACUGUACGGUAUGCUAGUAUCAACGCUCAUAAAAAUAGAGAAAUGGGUCGACAUGACGAUUUAUGGAGUUUAUUUUACAUGUUAGUGGAGUUCGUGAAUGGGCAGUUGCCUUGGAGGAAAGUUAAAGAUAAAGAACAAGUAGGAUUGAUGAAGGAAAAAUACGAUCACAGGUUAUUGUUAAAACAUUUACCGUCCGAUCUUAAACAAUUUCUCGAUCACAUUCAGAGUUUGGAAUACGCUGACAAACCCGAUUAUCAGAUGUUGAUAUCCUUAUUCGAGCGGUGCAUGAAGCGCAGAGGUGUUAAAGAAACCGAUCCGUACGACUGGGAGAAGUCGCAGACCGACAACCAAGUGGUUACGCAACAACCAGUGACGGGUACUACCACUCAACAAGCCACAGCUCCAACGACAGUUCCAAGACACACCCGACACACUCCUACGACGGAUAACAACCAGGAGAAUAUAGAGCCCACGGACAACAAAGAGGCUCAAAUAGACGCCCGAAGACGUAUAGAAACAGAAAAUACGGCUCCUUUAGUAACCGAUACACAGAUAAAUGCAACCAGGGCGACCGUUGAUAAGAACUGUAAUGCUACAGCCGUGGAACAAGUACAAGCUCGCAAACGACGAGCCACAUCUCACCUUGACCAACCUCCCGACCGGCUAGACAACGAAGCUGUAGCUUCAGCAAAAUCCACAUCGGAUGCUGUUAAACCAGCGCCAUUGCGCAAGAGUCAGUCCGGAGUCGCUACGGUAGGCCGAUUACGAGUAGUCACUCCAGCGCCCGCUACGCAAGUACAGACGACUGCCAGUCUGGUUGAUUCUCCAGCUACUCCUGAGCAGGAACGACCAAGAAGGAGACCACCGUCAGCAGCUAGAAGUUCUCGAUCCGGCAUGCGGGACCAGAGUUUGACACAAUUCGCUGUUAUGGAUGAUGAAAACGUUAGUCAACAGAUGACAAGAGGAGGUGCAUUGACGUUGGCCAGUCAGUGGAAGUCGCAAUUCGACGACAGCGAGGAGACCACCGAUAACGAAUGGAAACCGGAGAGUCCCGAACACAGAGGCACUCUCGGAGCCCAGUCCGAGGCUGCCGCAGUACUGCCUCCAAUACUUAGUAGAAUAAGCGAAGAUUCACGUACUAGUCAUAGGAAAUACAUAAAUAUUGCCGGUAUUGAAGAAUAUCCGGAGCUAGUCGGUGGACUCCCCAGAGCGUGGUCGACUCCUUGCCUAGGACCUUGCCUACGAUCCAACUUGAAGCCUCCUCUUCUUCAACAAGCAGCCUUCGAUGAUCUCGUUUUCAAAGUAGACGUUAUGAGAAACGUGGCUUCCAAACAUUUAAUGAGCGAAAACGAUGAAGAUUUGAAACUAGCCGAUUCCAACAGGUAUUCUAGUUUGCCUGGCAUUAAUCUACCCGAUAUCGAAGUAUUCAGGAACGACGAAGAUAAGCCACAAGAACAAAAUGGAGAGGAUGAAGGACUUCAAGAGGUUGCUGGUAAGCUGGAGAUACGAGUAGUGCCAAAAGAACAAGUGAACAAAGAUAAAGUUCUGAGGCCGCAAAACUUGGCCUCGAAACCCCCCAUACAGAAUGGUAAUUCCGAAAUAGCUGCCGAACAUAAUAACGACGUCCAAACAACUAAUAAGGAGUCCCCACAGAAGCCAAAGAUAGAAAGGACCAAGAGCAUCUUGAAGCAGAGCAGCAAAGAGAGGAGCGAUCCCCAAGAGUUGUCCAGUCCCAAAAAGGAAAAUAUUUCAUUUGCUCCGGACGUAGUAGAUAAUAAAUGCGACGAUGUCGAAAGUAGUAAACCAGUGGAAAGCAUUGCGGUGGAGGUUCAGACUGCAGAAGAUAGCGAGACGCAAUGUAAUUUACAAAAGAAUGUAGAACUAGAAACUAGAAACCCAAAUAACAGUUCUGUGGAGACUGGAAUCUCUCCUAAGACUAGUGAUAAAAUAAUUGGCACUGAAGUACCCGCGGCGAAAGCAGAAGGCGAGUCCAGCAGUACCGAGACCGACCACAAAGUGCCGAAAGAAGCAUCUCAUCAAGACAGUUUAGAAGGCUACCGAAAAAAGAAGGUCCACCGGAAGUCCAGCAUAAAUUUGGAUCAAGGUGAUCCUUUGUGUCGUAGCAAUUCUCUUAAAGCCGUUUCCAAACCCUUAGAGGCUGUGAAAAAUAACUUGGUAGACUCUAAGUCGUCGGAGAGCAGUUCGAGCACUCAGUGUCGAAAACAAGAUGGUGACGACAAAGGAGAGAACAAAGAGCGGGUGAGAUGUUCGCAGGGAUAUGAUCUCGGGACGAAUACAAACAAUGUUACGUUUGUGUCCACUACUAGCAUUCCAGAGCAGAGAGAGAAAAGAUCCAUCGGUUCCAUCGCGAAUGGGCUUAGCCCGGGAAUGGAUGAACAGUCUGAGUAUUACGACGCUACCGAAAAUCCAAUAAUUAAAGACAAACGCCAAGAGCAGGAUGAUGAAGACAGUGGCGUUGACAACGCUAGCCAAAUAUUAAGGGAGACUUCGGUAAGUCCUGCGAUGGAGGGUCGACUCUCAAAAAUUCCAGUAGCUGUUAGUGGUCAACGUUUAGCCAAAUGCAUGUCUUGGUCGGGCGACUUGACGCCAGGACUGCGACGACGUAGGCAAAACGAUAAAUACGUCACGGAUCCCAGCCAGCUUAAGCUUAGAUUCAAAAGGCAUUCUAGUAGUGGUAUUUCGCCCUCCCUAACGAACCUAGUACGAACAUUGCGAUGGAUGCGAGAUCGAACUGUGACAUGGUUUUUGUGUAAUUUCAGGUCUACGGGUACGAGGCAUCUCGACGUGCCUCAUAGACGCUCCGGAGAGUUCGCCAGAGUCGUCUGAGGGACCGCCGCCGCCGCCGCCCCAAGGUGAUCCGCCGUCGGAGUCGCAGGUGCGUUGCCGUCGAUUCAGACCCGUCACAUAACCUCACUUUUGUUGUAAAGGGUGCGAGGCACUGGACAUAAUUUUUUAAUUAUUUAAUUGUGAUUCGGGAUGGUCCCGGCUUGUUUUAUUGAAAAAGUUCUUCAAAAAAUAAAAAAAAUUAAUGAAACAACUAGAGAUUAUAAUUAAAACAACGCAGAACUCGUAUAGGUAGUGACACAUUCCUUCUAAGUUUUUUAGUUUUAAUUUUAUUAGUUAUUUAUUAGUAGUAGCGUUAUUUUCUUGUGAGGGUUCAGAUCAAAAGUAAAAGCGGAAAAUACCAUACAUGAUAUAAAAUUUUGUACAAAUAAGUAUCCAAGUUAAAUUGCAUUGGAAUGAUAAAAACCUAACCUAAAAUUUUGAUAUUUUAUACCGAAAGUUUUUAAAAUUUUCUAUAAAAGAAUUUCAUUACGUUAAAAUUUAGUAUUUUACUCACAUAAUAGAAGAUAGAAUAACUGCUGGAAUACAGUCGCGUUCCUCUAGUGCCACAGAGAAAACUGACGCAAAGCAGUCGCUGCAUCGCUUUCUAAUGGGC